UAUAUAUCCGAGUUCACGUCGCCUUCACCCGGUAACCUUACCGCCUCGGUCUCCCGUGACCUUACCCUCUCUCUCACCAUUACCAUCGCCAUCGCCAUGAGCCUCUUCAAGCUCUUCGAUCCCUUCUUCGACCCCUUCUCCUUCUCCUUCGACCCCGACCUCGCCCUCCUCCUAAACCCUAGCCCCUCCCCCUUCGCGAUCGACGUCCUCGUCGCCUCCCUCUCCGACCGCGUCGCCGCCCUCGAGCUAGGGCUCCUGCACCGCGAUCGGAGGCGGAAGUGGACGGCGGAGAUCACGUCGCCAUGGCUGGAGGAGGAGGAGGAGGAGGAGGAGCUCGAUCGGAGGUACAGCUACAGGUGGGAGGCGGAGGCGAAGGGGGCGAAGGGGAAGGUGAAGUGGACGGAGGAGGUGGAGGCGAAGCGCGGCGGUUUCUACGCCCCUCCUCUCCCCGUGAAGCGCACGUACACGUACGAGAUCUCGACGGUGAAGGAGACUAAGGAGACUAAGGAGAAGAAGGAGACGAAGAAGAAGAAGAAGAAGGGGUGCGGCGCACGCGUCGUCGAGAUCGAGCACGAUACCAAUCCGAGGACCAUCGCCAUUAGAAAGGCUUUCGCGAAGAGCUACAUCAAGGGCAAGAGAAAGGAGCUCUCCCCACAAGAUGCUGCUGUACUGAUCCAGCGGAACUUCAGGGCGCAUCUCGCGCGGCGCUCGCAGGUGCUUUGCUGCCUUCGUGAUCUGGCGAUAGCCAAAGCUAAGCUGAAGGAGAUCAGAGCCUUGUUCUGUAACUUCUCCUAUCGCCGCCGGAUCGCACAUGAUGCGGAGGAGCGCCAGAGGUUCUCGGAGAAAAUUAUCGUCCUCCUCCUUACUGUUGAUGCCCUCGAGGGACCCGACUACAUGAUUCGAGCCGCGAAGAAGUCCAUGAUCGACGAACUCGAGGAGAUGCUUGAGGUGGUGGAUCCGCAGCCCGGGAAGCUAAAUUCCCUCGGGCGUCGAAAGUUCGAUCUCCCCAACGGACAAAUCACCGAUGAGAUGAUUUCGAGCAUCGAGGAGGUGGUGAGAGUCGCCCAAAACGGUGCCUAGCGCUCCCUAUCGGAAUCGGAGCGGCUUUCUUGUUAAGGUAUGCAUAGUUUCGUGUUGUUGUAUUUCACUUCUUUGAAUGUUUGUGUGUCUUACCUUGUUUACUGUUCAAGACUUUUCCGAAAAGCUUUGCUGAAACUGUUGCGUUUUCUUCGAGUUUGAAUCUAUCAGUGUGGUUUUGCGCUGUGUAUGUGUGUGUUAUUAUGUCAUGCAAAUUUGGUUUCAUUUUCGAGUUUCGAAUCGAUUUGCUUUGCUCUA